AUAAUCCCAUUGUUCAAGGGGACCUUAUAAAUACUGGUGCUGUGUCGGGGGAGAUCAGUUCAGUUGGGACAGCUGACAAGAUGAGGGUCCCCGCGAUUUUGGCUCUCCUGUGUUGGGUGGCCUGUGCCUCCGCCUGGGAGUGUGACAGCAAUGCUGAACACUUGACAGCGGUCGACAUUAAGAUAAAAAGCCAAGAGGAUCAUGUGAUCUACGGCCAGCUCCACGCCUGUCCACGGGCCGGAGAGGAGCUCAGCUCGAACCUCCGAUUCCGAUUCCAGAACCCGCGCAACAUCAUCCUCGAUGAGGAGACUGGAAGCUUUCAAUACAGCCCUGACCGGGAACACUUCAGUGGGGUGGACAACUUUGUCUACACUGUUGAGGACGAGGUGGAGCGCAGUGAGCCCGCCAGUGUCUUCAUCAGUCUCCGCCCACAGCCUGACGAGCCCAGACUGCAGGUGCAGCAUGUACAGGGUAAUGAAGGUGAGGUGAUCCCCCUGCACAUCCAGGCCCAGCUACAAGAUCAGGACGGCUCCGAGACUCUGACUGUGACUCUCUGCAACUGUGGCCAGGAGGUCUCCUGCAAGUCUAACAAGUGCAAGUGCCAGCUGAGUGUGCCGUCUGGGUGGCACUUCUUGGCGGGUGGCCAGCGUGUGCCCCGCAGGAACCUGAACAAGCUGACUCAGGAGCAGGCCAACCAGCUCUCCAUCCAUGUACCUGAGAACUCCCAUGGCCAGUACUGCUUCGGCGUCCAUGCCAUCUCUGUGGAACAGAAGGGCAAGGGUCACGUCAACGCCCAGAUCAGCCAGGACAUGCACAUCACCGUCCACUCCAGGAACCAGGCACCCACCAUCACCCACCACUCCAAGACUGAAACCCUGCGCUGGUGCACCAUCUCCAGCCAGGAGCAGCAGAAGUGCCAGGAGAUGAGCCGUGCCUUCAGCAGGAGACUGAACCACAGGCUGGAGUGUGUGCAGGGCCAGUCUACUGAGGACUGCAUGUACAAGAUCUCUCAUAACAUGGCUGAUGUGAUCACUCUGGAUGGAGGAGACAUCUACACUGCUGGCUCCAAGUACAACCUGGUGCCAGUCAUGGGGGAGGACUAUGGAAAUGGUGAUGCCAGCUACUGGGCUGUUGCUGUGGUCCGUAAGGACAACCAAGAAAUUGACAUCAACAACCUGCGUGGCCGUAAGUCCUGCCACACCGGUAUCGGCAAGACGUCCGGCUGGAUCAUCCCCACCGGCUGGCUGGUAGACCAGGACUUUGUUCACACUGAUGGUCAGACUAGUCUGGUUCAGGCUGUGGGAGACUUCUUCAGCCAGAGCUGUGUGCCUGGUGCCAAGAGCCCUGAGUAUGAUCCCCAGAACACCAACCCCUCCAACCUGUGCUCCCUGUGUGCUGGUGCUGGAGAGGACCACUGUGUGAGGAACAAGAACGAGCCGUAUUAUGGAUAUGCUGGGGCCUUCAGGUGCCUUGUUGAGGGAGCUGGUGAUGUUGCCUUUAUCAACCACCAGACUGUCCAGGACAACACUGAUGGACACAACCCUGAGAACUGGGCCGCUGGCCUGCGCUCCAGCGAGUUUGAGCUGCUGUGCCCGGACGGUUCCCGCCGUCCCGUGGACCAGUGGCGUGAGUGCAGCCUGGCCCGUGUUCCGUCCCACGCCGUGAUGACAUCUGAGGAGAGGAACCAGGAGUGGAUAGACAGGGCAGUGCAGCUGCUGAAGAACACUCAGGAUAUGUUUGGUUCCGAUGACAACGAUCGCGGCUUCAACCUGUUUGACUCCUCCUCCUUCGGCGGCCACGACCUGCUGUUCCGUGACGACACCCAUCAUCUGGUGGAGGUGGGCAGCAAGGACAGCUGGGAGGAGUGGCUGGGACAGGAGUACCUGCGCUGUCUCCGCAGUCACCAUACUGCCGAGGAAGUCCAGCCUCACAGCACCCUGCGCUGGUGUACCAUCUCCAGCCAGGAGCAGCAGAAGUGCCAGGAGAUGAGCCGUGCCUUCAGCAGGAGACUGAACCACAGGCUGGAGUGUGUGCAGGGCCAGUCUACUGAGGACUGCAUGUACAAGAUCUCUCACCACCAGGCUGAUGUGAUCUCUCUGGAUGGAGGAGACAUCUACACUGCUGGCUCUGAGUACAAUUUGGUGCCAGUCAUGGGAGAGGACUAUGGAAACGGUGAUGCCAGCUACUGGGCUGUUGCUGUGGUCCGUAAGGACAACCAGGAAAUCAACAUGAACAACCUGCGUGGCCAUAAGUCCUGCCACACCGGUAUCAGUAAGACCUCCGGCUGGAAUGUGCCGGUCGGCUGGCUGAUCCAGAACAAGCAGAUGCAGGUGGACAACAAGAAGUCCAUCCCACAGGCUGUGGGCAUGUUCUUCAGCAAGAGCUGUGUGCCUGCCCUACUAUGGAUACUCUGGAGCAUUCAGGUGCCUUGUUGAGGGUGCUGGUGAUGUUGCCUUUGUGAACCAUGUCACCGUGUAUGAGAACACCAACGGCCACAGCGAGGAGGAAUGGACCAGGAACCUGGAUGAGGAUGACUUUGAACUUCUGUGUCCUGAUGGCUCCAGGAGGCCAUGGAACCAGUACAAGGAAUGCAACCUGGCCCGUGUCCCAUCCCAUGCCAUCAUGACCUCUCCCCGUAGUAGGACAGACAUUCAGCAGAUUGUGGACUUCCUCCAACUGGCUCAGGAUCAUUUUGGUUUCCAGUCUUAUGGUGAUUUCGAGAUGUUUGACUCCAGCAAGUUUGAAGGUCGUGACCUGAUGUUCCGUGACAACGUGCAGCGCCUGGUCCCGGUGGGCCAGCGGAACACGUGGCAGAAGUGGCUGGGCUCCAGCUACAUGGAGUCUGUUGGUCACCUGAUCAGCCACGACCAGCAGAGGAACCAACACGUGCUUGACAAGCAGGUGCGCUGGUGCGUGACAUCUGAUGCUGAGAGGGAGAAGUGUGAGCAGCUGAGCCGUGUGCAGAAGGAGGGCAUGUCCUUCCCCACUGUGCAGUGUGUGCAGGCUGACAACGCUGAUCAGUGCAUGCAGAUGAUCCACAUGAACCAGGCUGAUGUGAUCACCCUGGAUGGAGGUGACAUCUACCAGGCUGGGAUGAAGUACAACAUGAGGCCUAUCAUGGGGGAGGACUAUGGAAAUGGUGAUGCCAGCUACUGGGCUGUUGCUGUGGUCCAUAAGGACAACCAAGAAAUUGACAUGAACAACCUGCGUGGCCGUAAGUCCUGCCACACCGGUAUCGGCAAGACGUCCGGCUGGAUCAUCCCCACCGGCUGGCUGGUAGACCAGGACUUUGUUCACACUGAUGGUCAGACUAGUCUGGUUCAGGCUGUGGGAGACUUCUUCAGCCAGAGCUGUGUGCCAGGUGCCAAGAGCCCUGAGUAUGAUCCCCAGAACACCAACCCCUCCAACCUGUGCUCCCUGUGUGCUGGUGCUGGAGAGGACCACUGUGUGAGGAACAGGAACGAGCCGUACUAUGGAUAUGCUGGGGCCUUCAGGUGCCUUGUUGAGGGAGCUGGUGAUGUUGCCUUUAUCAACCACCAGACUGUCCAAGACAACACUGAUGGACACAACCCUGAGAACUGGGCCGCUGGCCUGCGCUCCAGCGAGUUUGAGCUGCUGUGCCCUGACGGUUCCCGCCGUCCCGUGGACCAAUGGCGUGAGUGCAGCCUGGCCCGUGUUCCGUCCCACGCCGUGAUGACCUCCAACAACAAGGACCAGGAGUGGGUGGACAGAGUGGUGCAGUGGCUGAAGAACACUCAGGAGCAGUUUGGUUCCGAUGAGAACGAUCGCGGCUUCCAGAUGUUUGACUCCUCUUCCUUCGGCGGCCACGACCUGCUGUUCCGUGACGACACCCAUCAUCUGGUGGAGGUGGGCAGCAAGAACAGCUGGGAGGAGUGGCUGGGACAGGAGUACCUGCGCUGUCUCCACAGUCACCAUGCUGCUGAGCCAGUCCAGCCCCACAGCACCCUGCGCUGGUGCACCAUCUCCAGCCAGGAGCAGCAGAAGUGCCAGGAGAUGAGCCGUGCCUUCAGCAGGAGACUGAACCACAGGCUGGAGUGUGUGCAGGGCCAGUCUACUGAGGACUGCAUGUACAAGAUUGCACACCACCAGGCUGAUGUGAUCACUCUGGAUGGAGGAGACGUCCUCACAGCAGGCUCUAAGUACGACCUGGUGCCAGUCAUGGGAGAGGACUACGGAAAUGGUGAUGCCAGCUACUGGGCUGUAGCUGUUGCCCGAAUCAACAACCCAGAGAUCAACAUGAACAACCUGCGUGGCCGUAAGUCCUGCCACACCGGUAUCAGUAAGACCUCUGGCUGGAACGUCCCGGUUGGUUGGCUGAUCCAGAACAACCAGAUGCAGGUGGACAACAAGAAGUCCAUCCCACAGGCUGUGGGCAAGUUCUUCAGCAAGAGCUGUGUGCCUGGUGCCCAGAGCCCAGAGUACAAUGCUGACGGCACCAACCCUAAGAGCCUCUGUUCCCUGUGUGUCGGGGAGGGACAAAACCGCUGUGUCCGCAACACCAACGAACCCUACUAUGGAUACUCUGGAGCAUUCAGGUGCCUUGUUGAGGGUGCUGGUGAUGUUGCCUUCGUGAACCAUAAUACCAUCUUUGAGAACACCAACGGCCGCAGUGAGGAGCAAUGGACCAGGAACCUGAAUGAGAAUGACUACGAGCUGCUCUGCCCUGAUGGCUCCCGCAAGCAGUGGCACCAGUACAAGGACUGUAACCUUGCCCGUGUCCCGUCCCACGCUGUCAUGACGUCUCCCCGUAGCAGGAGCGAGCUGCAGCAGAUUGUCAACAUCCUGAUGCAGGCACAGGAGCAUUUUGGAAAGCACAGUGAUUUCCAGAUGUUUGACUCCAGCAAGUUUGAAGGUCGUGACCUGAUGUUCCGUGACAACGUGCAGCGCCUGGUCCCGGUGGGCCAGCGGAACACGUGGCAGAAGUUACUGGGCUCCAGCUAUCUGACAUCCAUUCGUAGCAUGAUCCAUCGCAAUGAAGAGAGGACUCAACGUGUGCUCGAUAACCAGGUGCGUUGGUGCGUGACCGCAGACGCUGAGAGGGAGAAGUGUGAGCAGCUGAGCAGGACCAUGGAAUCUCAUGAUGUUACCUUCCCCACCAUCAAGUGUGUGCAGGCUGACAAUGCUGAACAGUGUAUGCAGAAGAUCCACAUGAACCAGGCUGAUGUGAUCACCCUGGAUGGAGGAGACAUCUACCAGGCUGGAUCUAGGUUUGACAUGAGGCCCAUCAUGGGGGAGGACUAUGGAAAUGGUGAUGCCAGCUACUGGGCUGUUGCUGUGGUCCGUAAGGACAACCAGGAAAUCGACAUGAACAACCUGCAUGGCCGUAAGUCCUGCCACACCGGUAUCGGCAAGACGUCUGGCUGGAUCAUCCCCACCGGCUGGCUGGUAGACCAGGACUUUGUUCACACUGAUGGUCAGACUAGUCUGGUUCAGGCUGUGGGAGACUUCUUCAGCCAGAGCUGUGUGCCUGGUGCCAAGAGCCCCGAGUAUGAUCCCCAGAACACCAACCCCUCCAACCUGUGCUCCCUGUGUGCUGGUGCUGGAGAGAACCACUGUGUGAGGAACAAGAACGAGCCGUACUAUGGAUAUGCUGGGGCCUUCAGGUGCCUUGUUGAGGGAGCCGGAGAUGUUGCCUUUAUCAACCACCAGACUGUCCAGGACAACACUGAUGGACACAACCCUGAGAACUGGGCCGCUGGCCUGCGCUCCAGCGAGUUUGAGCUGCUGUGCCCGGAUGGUUCCCGCCGCCCCGUGGACCAGUGGCGUGAGUGCAGCCUGGCCCGUGUUCCGUCCCACGCGGUGAUGACGUCUGAGGACAAGAGCCAGCAGUGGGUGGACAGGGUUGUGCGUAUGCUGAAGGAAGCUCAGGAGCAGUUUGGUUCCGAUGAGAACGAUCGCGGCUUCAACCUGUUUGACUCCUCCUCCUUCGGCGGCCACGACCUGCUGUUCCGUGACGACACCCAUCAUCUGGUGGAGGUGGGCAGCAAGAACAGCUGGGAGGAGUGGCUGGGACAGGAGUACCUGCGCUGUCUCCGCAGUCACCAUACUGGCGAGCAUCAUGACAUGCAUUCCAUGAGGACCAGUGGCCAACAGCGUGCUCUGAGCACCAGCGAAGGUCGUCCCGUGCUUCUGUCGAACUUGCGUAUUCAAGAUGCCGAGGGUCACAACGGUCGCUACCACGUCCACGCUUCCGUGAACCAAGGUGGACAUCUGUGGAUCAGGGAUGGUCUGGAUGGCGUCGUCUUCACCUCUGAUGCCAAGUCUACCAACCAGCAUCAUUCUCGACAUCAUCGUCAUCAGGACCCACAUCAACACUCUGUGGAGAGUGAGCUUUCUAGGGAAGACAGCUCUUCACAGGAACACUCCAGGAGACACAGUCACGAGAGUCGCAGUCACGAGAGUCAGAGCCAUGAGAGUCAGAGCCAUGAGAGUCAGAGCCAUGAGAGUCAGAGCCAUGAGAGUCAGAGCCAGGAGAGUCAGAGCCAUGGGAGCCGCAGCCAUGAGAGGCAUCAUCAGAGGAGGAACCACCAGGACAGCAACCCCAUCUCUCACCUGUGGGACAGCCUCUGGCAAAUGUGGGAUGAGAAUAGCUCAGAGGAGAGACAGCACAGCUCAGAGGAGGGACAGCACAGCUCCGAGGAGAGAUGGCAGAGUUCCGAGGAGGGACAGCACAGGCACAGCUCUGAGGAAAGGCAUCAGGGCAAGGCCUGGCAUGAUGUCCACACCAGUACUGAGACUAAGAGGCAGGAGCUGACCGCUGAUGAUGACUUCUACCAGCACUACAGGCACCACCACUUCCAGUACUCCAACAACGGCCGUCCUACUCUGUCCUUCUCUGGUGACCUGGCUUCAGUGCAGAAGGCUGUGUCCAGCAUGGUGUUUGUGCCGUGGUGCGAGCAGUGGCCGACCCCGCCCAACUGGGACCUGCCCCCCACCACAUGGAUGUUCCCCAGCGAGCAGGACCAGGCUCUGUCAGAGGAUCCCAACCACCCUGCUAUCUGGCCUGCAUGGUACCCACGUUUCUGGUACCCGUUCCCCACCAAGUCCUGGACCUGGUGGCCCCGCGUCCUCCCGCCGUACUGGCUGAACAAGCAGUGUCAGGACUGGACCAGCAUGAUCCACAUCUCUGUCUCUGAAGAAGCACCCUCUUCCUGCGCCAGCCAGCAGGACAGGCAGGACCGCCCUGUGACUGACAUGGACAUCCCUGUGCACGUUCAGUCCCGCACCAACACUCCGAUCAGCCUCAUCCCAAAGAACCUGUUUUACUACUUUGAUUCCGAUGCUGAGUCCGUCCCCAUCAACGACAUCCACAUCCGCUCCCAGCUUACUGAUGUGAACCUUCAUCUCAACUUCAAGGUUAUGGAGGACCAUCUUGCCACAGUCCAGGCUGAGAGUGUGGAGAACCCAGAGUUCACCUGUACAUCUGUAGAGGAGUGUAACGAGCACCUGCGCACAGUUAAGGUCCACUUCAGGAAUGGAGUCAGGGCCACUGACAUCUGCCACCUGGGCAUUCAGAUCAGCAUGUACAAGGACAACUCAGACGUCCCGUCUGACCUACUGACAGUCUGGGCUUACCAGACGUCCGGGCGAUGUGUGGACCCAUGGGCCACCAACGGUAACUUCCACCUGAGUAAGCAGAGGAGCCAGACUAACCAGGGCCAGACAGUCAACAUCAACCUCAUCUCUGAGGACCUCUGGAACGAGGAGUCUCUGAACGGUAUCCUGCAUGUGACAAUCCGCGCUGCUCACGGCCUGGUGACCUACACCGCCCCUGACGGCCUGCGUACAUUCAUGGACCACAUGGGCGUCCGCCAGCGUAUCCCCACCAACCUCUGCGUGUCCGGACCAGCUGAGAUGGUCAAGCAGGCCCUGCAGACCAUCAAGUACACUCCCAUCAGGGCGUUCACAGGCACCGACAACAUCACUGUAGAGUACGGCACCACUCGCACUGCCAUGAGACUGUCGCCAGAUAAGAUCCAUCCCAGGAUGACAGUUGUUCACAAGGUGGAGGUGCGGCCCGUCUCCUCCCCCAUCCUGGUCCAGGCCCCGUCCCACAUGUGUGUGCAGCAGCAACAGCGCCCCCUACCCCACAUCGACACCAACCUGGAACUGCAGAGCCUGUGGCACCAGCCAGCUCCCAACAUGGUGAAGCUGACAGUAACAGCCAGCAGCGGUGACGUGAACAUCAACAAACACAAGCUGCAGGAGCAGUUCCACCCCCGUCAGUCCUCUCAGGAACACCACCGUGACAUGGUUCAUCUGGAUCUUGAUGUACAGCACCGUCAGCGUGCGUCUGGCUCCUGGCUGCAGGUGGUUGCCGAGGACUGGGUGGUGCGCCACAUUCUGCACAACCAGCUGGUCUGGUACAAGCCCAACAAGUGUGUGUCGUCUGAGCAGCCCAUCCGCCAUGAUACCAUCCACGUGGAGGUUGAGGAGGUGAGCUCUGAGCAUGUGACUCCCAGUGAGAUCCAGGUUACUGUAAACUGCCACCAGAACCAGCAGCAGAGAUGGUCCAUCGAUAGUGUGUCCAGUGAGGAGCAGUCUCACGAGUCUCAUGAGUCCCAUGGGGUCAGUUCUGAGUGGUCCUUGGAGCUGAGCCCCUGGUCGGUGGAGCAGUCCUCAACUCAGGUGGAGGUGACCUCAGAUACAGAGUGUGUUCCCUCGGAGCCUUGGAAGGAGUGGUCGGAGUGUGAUGCCAACAGUUGCCAGGCUGGUAGCCAGUGGCGCGAAAGGCGCACCCGCAACGUCAACCCUGCCUCCAACCGUUACUGUCAGCCGCAGCGUGAGCAGAGGCAGUGCACCAACUGUGGCUGUAAGCCGGAGAGGCAGUUCGUGAAGCACCCGUCUCCCAGCUUCCAGGACUGCCAGACCGUCCGCCAGGUGCCCCGCUGUCCCGAGACCUGCAAGCCCACCAAGACCAGCUUUGUGGAGGAGCAGUUCGACUGCCGCGGCCGCACCCUGGACAAGGAUGUGCUGAUCCACGAGGCCUGUGCCUGCCUGGAAUGUGCUGCAAAACACACCAAGGAGUCAUGGCACUCCACCGAGCGUCAGCCAUCUUCCAAUGAGCGGUGGAGCGAGGAGCUGGGCUUCCCCUGGAACUAGAUAUGAUACAUAGGACCGUUCCACGUUGUGCCUUCCAUGUUUUUAUACGUCCGACCUUCGUCACCUGUAUUUCUCUACAAUGAUCAGGAAAUUUUAUAUGGCCAGUGAUGAUGGGGUACAGUUUGUCUGUAGUCCGUUAGGGCAGGGCAUCCGUUAGUGCAAUGAGAUAUAAAUGAUUAUUCUGUGUGCUUGCAAGGUUUACAUCAGAGCUGGUGUAGGUUUUGAAGCUGUGCAUUUCAUGCAGUGCUGCUCUCACUUUUGAUACCAUUUGUUGUACUUUUUGCAUCUUUGAAAUAAAUUGAACAGGCAUGUCCACAA